AUGUUUGAGUCGAAGAAUCUCACUUUGCUUAGGGAGCGCUGGCCGGUGUUUCCCAACUACUACAAACCUUUUCGUCCCUAUCGAAUCACACGAGAUCUCACGAUCAUGCCAGGAGCGACCCUCUGGAUCGAGAGAGGUGUUGAGGUUCACGUUUGGCCGAAUGUGCGCAUUCUUGUACUAGGAGAUCUGAUUGCGGAUGCAACAUAUUGGGAGCCCAUAAGGUUCAAGCCGAUCAACACAACGGAGUUCGACGAGAUGAGGAGGAAAAAUCGGUACCAGAUACAAGCGUAG